AUGUUUGGAGGCUCCACCGACAAAUUUGAUUUCUCUGAUAUUGAGGGUAGAAAAAAGAUGGGGCGUAACGAUGAGGAUGGUGGCUGCAGAAUGUCCGGUGCAUCGGGGUUUCUGAUGGUGUUGCUUGCCAUAGCUAUCGCAGUGGGUGUUGGACUGAUCGUGCAUUUCGCUGGAAACCAAAAGGAACUUAAUUGUAACUGCCAGUGUGGACCAGCGGAGGGCGUUGUCACAAUGGCUCCAGAAUUUCUAACGGAAACAUGCAAGGCUAAAGCUGUUCUAGGGAACCAAGAGCUAUGUGGACUGUGUCCGGAAAGAACCACUACACCAUCACAACCGUCAAUGUCCACAACUCUGGGAAUGAGGACAGCAUCAACCAUGCCAAACACUACAAUGCCACCCACCUCUUCACCACACCCGAUCACGGAUACGCGUCUACCUACCUCUGUAAAACCUCUUCACUAUGAGUUAAAUUUGAGACCAGAGAUGUACAAUAACAAGCCGGAGACAUUCACUUUCAAUGGAACCGUGGCUAUAAAAGUAGAAUGCAAAAGUUCCACAGACAAUAUAACACUCCAUAUUGCCACGCAGAAUCUUACCACUACCCCAACUGUAGCGGCAUCAGAUAACACUGAGGUAUCUCCUGUUGUACUCCACACCAUUAGGGAUGUGACAAGACAGUUCCUUAUCCUGACUCUAGAUAAACCAUUAGUAGUUGGAAAUCGGUAUGUCGUUCGAUUAGCUUUUGAAGACCGACUGUCCAAUACUGUUCUUUUAGGAAUGUACAUAAGCACCUACAUAGACGAAGCAGCUAAUGUGACCAAAUAUAUUGCAGCAACCCAAUUUGCACCAACAUACGCGAGACAUACGUUUCCUUGUUUUGAUGAGCCAGCAUUCAAGGCGACGUUCGACAUCACAUUGGAGCGACAACCUCACAUCAUCAGUCUCUCAAACAUGCCCCUCGCUAAUUCAAUAACUCUGGGAGAUGGUUACGUUGCGGACCAUUUCGACGUUUCAGUCACGAUGUCGACAUAUCUUGUUGCUUUUAUCUUUGGCGAGCUGGACAGUGUAAAGAAUGUAACGGAAAAUAAUGUUCUGUUUGGGGUGUAUACUACUCACAAGAACAUCAACCAGACAGCGUUUGCACUUAACUUAGGCAGCAGACUUCUUGAUACAUAUGAGGAGUAUUUCAAUAUUUCCUUUGUUCUUCCAAAACUCG